AUGAUCUACAGAAAGCUUACAGCUUACCUCUUUGUACUUCUUGUACUUGUGGCAGCAGUUCCAUUAAACGUGAAGUACAACGAGUUCAAUGAACAUAAAAAUUUACCAAACAUCCACAAAGGCGAACCCCAAUUCAAUUCUCCUGAGCAUGGGACUUCUAAUAUCAAACCAGGGUCGAAAAUUGAACCUCAUUUUCCAGAUGGCCAUUCUCCUAAGAAGGACCAGCCAUGGUCUCCAAACAAAGAUGAUUCUCACUCUGAACCUCAUUUCCCAGAUAGUCACUCACCCAACAAAGAUGAGCCUUGGGAUAGCGAUCAUUGGCCUGUAGAUGAACCUAAAACGCCUCAUAAAGGAGGAUCCAAAUCAAGUCCGAAAUUAUGGCCCUGGCCAUGGAAUCACAAACCUUCUACGACUAAACAUGUACAGAAACCUACCCCUACGCCAAAGAAGUGGCCUUGGCCUUGGCCCGUCAAACACACAACUACUUCCAAGCACCAAACUAUCACUACUAAGAUUUCUAAACCGACAACCAUCAAACAUUCUUCAUCUGUUAAGAAGCCACUCACGACUAGUAAAAAGCACACAACAUCUGAGAAGCAAGAGACUACCACAAAGCACUCCAGCUCCAAGAAACAUACCAGUACAAGCCAGUCUCUAAGAUCACUCAGUACAUCGAGCAAGAAGCAUUCGACGUCGAAGAAGCAUAGCAGUUCGAAAUCCUCCAAAAAUGAGAGACCGACGACCAAACACACUUCAAAGCACACUACUAGUAAACACUCCACAUCAUCGAAGAUAAACAAGCCUACUACCACUUCACACUCAACGACUCAUCGGCCGUUUAGUCAUCCGAUAAGUAGCAAGCACACUUCGUCUACUAAGCACACUACUUCGACUAAGCACACUUCUUCGACUAAGCACACUUCGUCUACUGAGCACACUUCUUCGACUAAGCACACUACUUCAACUAAACACACUUCAUCAUCCACGAAGCACACGACUAGUAGUAAACACUCCACAUCGUCGAAGAUAAACAAGCCUACUACCACUUCACACUCAACGACUCAUAAGCCGUUUAGUCAUCCGAUAAGUAGUAAGCACACUUCUACUUCCACGAAGCACACUUCUACUUCCACGAAGCACACUUCUACUUCCACGAAGCACACUUCUACUUCCACGAAGCAUACUUCUACGUCUACGAAGCACACUUCUACUUCCACGAAGCAUACUUCUACUUCCACGAAGCAUACUUCUACGUCUACGAAGCACACUUCUACUUCCACGAAGCACACUUCUACGUCUACGAAGCACACUUCUACUUCCACGAAGCAUACUUCUACGUCUACGAAGCACACUUCUACUUCCACGAAGCAUACUUCUACGUCUACGAAGCACACUUCUACUUCCACCAAGCACACUUCUACUUCCACGAAGCAUACUUCAACGUCCACGAAGCAUUCUUCGUCUACUAAGCACACUUCAUCGUCCACGAAGCACACGACUAGUAGCAAACACUCCACAUCGUCGAAGAUAAACAAGCCUACUACCACUUCGCACUCAACGACUCAUCAGCCGUUUAGUCAUCCGAUAAGUAGUAAGCACACUUCUACUUCCACGAAGCACACUUCUACGUCUACGAAGCACACUUCUACUUCCACGAAGCACACUUCUACUUCCACGAAGCACACUUCUACGUCCACGAAGCACACUUCUACGUCCACGAAGCACACUUCUACGUCUACGAAGCACACUUCUACGUCUACGAAGCACACUUCUACGUCUACGAAGCACACUUCUACUUCCACGAAGCAUACUUCUACGUCUACGAAGCACACUUCUACUUCCACCAAGCACACUUCUACUUCCACGAAGCAUACUUCAACGUCCACGAAGCAUUCUUCUACGUCUACGAAGCACACUUCUACGUCUACGAAGCACACUUCUACGUCUACGAAGCACACUUCUACGUCUACGAAGCACACUUCUACGUCUACGAAGCACACUUCUACUUCCACGAAGCACACUUCUACUUCCACGAAGCACACUUCUACUUCCACGAAGCACACUUCUACUUCCACGAAGCACACUUCUACUUCCACGAAGCACACUUCUACGUCUACGAAGCACACUUCUACUUCCACGAAGCACACUUCUACUUCCACGAAGCACACUUCUACGUCCACGAAGCACACUUCUACGUCCACGAAGCACACCUCUACUUCCACGAAGCACACUUCUUCGUCCACGAAGCAUACUUCUACAUCCACGAAGCACACUUCUACAUCCACGAAGCACACUUCUACUUCCACGAAGCACACUUCUACUUCCACGAAGCACACUUCUUCGUCCACGAAGCACACUUCUACGUCUACGAAGCACACUUCUACGUCUACGAAGCACACUUCUACGUCUACGAAGCACACUUCUACGUCUACGAAGCACACUUCUACUUCCACGAAGCACACUUCUACUUCCACGAAGCACACUUCUACUUCCACGAAGCACACUUCUUCGUCCACGAAGCAUACUUCUACAUCCACGAAGCACACUUCUACUUCCACGAAGCACACUUCUUCGUCCACGAAGCAUACUUCUACAUCCACGAAGCACACUUCUACUUCCACGAAGCACACUUCUACUUCCACCAAGGACACUUCUACUUCCACGAAGCAUACUUCAACGUCCACGAAGCAUUCUUCGUCUACUAAGCACACUUCAUCGUCCACGAAGCACACGACUAGUAGCAAACACUCCACAUCGUCGAAGAUAAACAAGCCUACUACCACUUCGCACUCAACGACUCAUCAGCCGUUUAGUCAUCCGAUAAGUAGUAAGCACACUUCUUCGUCCACGAAGCAUACUUCUACAUCCACGAAGCACACUUCUACUUCCACGAAGCACACUUCUACUUCCACGAAGCACACUUCUACUUCCACGAAGCACACUUCUACUUCCACGAAGCACACUUCUACUUCCACGAAGCACACUUCUUCGUCCACGAAGCACACUUCUACUUCCACGAAGCACACUUCUUCGUCCACGAAGCAUACUUCUACAUCCACGAAGCACACUUCUUCUUCCACGAAGCAUACUUCUACUUCCACGAAGCAUACUUCUACUUCCACGAAGCAUACUUCUACGUCCACGAAGCAUACUUCAACGUCCACGAAGCACACUUCUACGUCCACGAAGCACACUUCUACGUCUACGAAGCACACUUCUACAUCCACGAAGCACACUACAUCGACUAGUAGCAAGCACACUUCCUCCACUAGUAGUAAACACACUUCUACUUCAACUAGUAGUAAACACACCACUUCGACUAGUAGCAAGCACACUACUUCAACUAGUAGUAAACACACCACUUCGACUAGUAGUAAGCACACUACUUCGACUAGUAGUAAACACACUUCUACAUCUACGAAGCACACUACUUCGACUAGUAGCAAGCACACUUCUACAUCUACGAAGCACACUACUUCGACUACUAGUAAGCACACUUCUACUUCGACUAGUAGCAAGCACACUUCUACAUCCACGAAGCACACUACAUCGACUAGUAGCAAGCACACUUCUUCCACUAGUAGUAAACACACCACUUCGACUAGUAGUAAGCACACUACUUCGACUAGUAGUAAGCACACUUCUACUUCUACGAAGCACACUACAUCGACUAGUAGCAAGCACACUUCUUCGACUAGUAGUAAGCACACUUCUUCGACUAGUAGUAAGCACACUUCUUCGACUAGUAGUAAGCACACUUCUUCGACUAGUAGUAAGCACACUUCUACUUCAACUAGUAGCAAGCACACUUCUACUUCGACUAGUAGUAAACACACUUCUACAUCUACGAAGCACACUACUUCGACUAGUAGUAAGCACACUUCUACAUCCACGAAGCACACUUCUUCCACUAGUAGUAAGCACACUUCUACUUCUACUAGUAGCAAGCACACCACUUCUACUAGUAGUAAGCACACUUCUACUUCAACUAGUAGUAAACACACUUCUACUUCGACUAGUAGUAAACACACUUCUACAUCUACGAAGCACACUACUUCGACUAGUAGUAAGCACACUUCUACUUCUACGAAGCACACUUCUUCGACUAGUAGUAAGCACACUUCUACUUCUACGAAGCACACUACAUCGACUAGUAGCAAGCACACUUCUUCCACUAGUAGUAAACACACUUCUACUUCAACUAGUAGUAAACACACCACUUCGACUAGUAGCAAACACACAUCUACUUCAACUAGUAGCAAGCACACUUCUUCCACUAGUAGUAAGCACACUUCUACUUCAACUAGUAGUAAGCACACUUCUACUUCUACUAGUAGCAAGCACACCACUUCUACUAGCAAACACACAUCUACUUCAACUAGUAGCAAGCACACUUCUUCCACUAGUAGUAAGCACACUUCUACUUCGACCAGUAGUAAACACACUUCUACUUCAACUAGUAGCAAGCACACUUCUACAUCCACGAAGCAUAGUACAUCUACAAGCCACCAGCCUUUCAGCCAACCUAUCAGUACAAAGUCUUCAACAAAACACUCGACUUCAUCAAAGACUACAAGUACCCAUGUUACAUCUAAGUCUACAUCGACUUCGACAAAACACAGUACGACAACCAAGUCCACCAGCAGUAAGGGUACCACCUCUAGGACCACUUCGAAGGCUACCACUACUUCAAAGACUACCUCGAAGUUGACUUCUACUACUUUCAAGACUACCUCGAAGACUACAACCUCGAAGACAAGUUCUACAUCUUCCAAGACUACUUCAAAGACUACUUCCACUUCCAAGACAACCUCGAAGACCAGUUCUACUACUUCCAAGACUACUUCCAAGACUACUUCCAAGACUACUUCCAAGACUACCUCGAAGACAAGUUCUACUACUUCCAAGACUACUUCCAAGACUACCUCGAAGACAAGUUCUACUACUUCCAAGACAACCUCGAAGACCAGUUCUACUACUUCCAAGACUACUUCCAAGACUACUUCCAAGACUACUUCCAAGACUACCUCGAAGACAAGUUCUACUACUUCCAAGACAACCUCGAAGACCAGUUCUACUACUUCCAAGACAACCUCGAAGACAAGUUCUACUACUUCCAAGACAACCUCGAAGACCAGUUCUACUACUUCCAAGACUACUUCGAAGACAAGUUCUACUACGUCUAAGACAACCUCGAAGACAAGUUCUACUACUUCCAAGACAACCUCGAAGACCAGUUCUACUACUUCCAAGACUACUUCGAAGACAAGUUCUACUACUUCCAAGACAACCUCGAAGACCAGUUCUACUACUUCCAAGACUACUUCGAAGACAAGCUCUACUACGUCUAAGACUACUUCGAAGACCAGUUCUACUACUUCCAAGACUACUUCGAAGACCAGUUCUACUACGUCUAAGACUACUUCGAAGACCAGUUCUACUACUUCCAAGACAACCUCGAAGACCAGUUCUACUACUUCCAAGACUACUUCGAAGACAAGCUCUACUACGUCUAAGACUACUUCGAAGACCAGUUCUACUACUUCCAAGACUACUUCGAAGACAAGCUCUACUACGUCUAAGACUACUUCGAAGACCAGUUCUACUACUUCCAAGACAACCUCGAAGACAAGUUCUACUACUUCCAAGACAACCUCGAAGACCAGUUCUACUACUUCCAAGACUACUUCGAAGACAAGCUCUACUACGUCUAAGACUACUUCGAAGACCAGUUCUACUACUUCCAAGACUACUUCGAAGACCAGUUCUACUACGUCUAAGACUACUUCGAAGACCAGUUCUACUACUUCCAAGACUACUUCGAAGACAACCUCGAAGACAAGUUCUACUACUUCCAAGACAAUCUCGAAGACAAGUUCUACUACUUCCAAGACUACUUCGAAGACCAGCUCUACUACUUCCAAGACAACCUCGAAGACCAGUUCUACUACUUCCAAGACAACCUCGAAGACCAGUUCUACUACUUCCAAGACUACUUCGAAGACAAGUUCUACUACGUCUAAGACAACCUCGAAGACAAGUUCUACUACUUCCAAGACAACCUCGAAGACCAGUUCUACUACUUCCAAGACUACUUCGAAGACAAGUUCUACUACUUCCAAGACAACCUCGAAGACCAGUUCUACUACUUCCAAGACUACUUCGAAGACAAGCUCUACUACGUCUAAGACUACUUCGAAGACCAGUUCUACUACUUCCAAGACUACUUCGAAGACCAGUUCUACUACGUCUAAGACUACUUCGAAGACCAGUUCUACUACUUCCAAGACUACUUCGAAGACAACCUCGAAGACAAGUUCUACUACUUCCAAGACAACCUCGAAGACAAGUUCUACUACGUCUAAGACUACGUCAACUUCCAAGUCUACUACUACAAGUUCCAAGUCAACUACGACAACUAGUUCCAAAUCCACUACUACGAGUUCCAAGUCUACAUCUACCACUAGUUCCAAGUCAACUACUACGAGCUCCAAAUCUACCACUAGUUCUAAGUCGACUACUUCUACUACAAGUUCUAAGUCGACUACUUCUACUACAAGCUCGAAGUCAACUACUUCUACUACAAGCUCGAAGUCAACUACUUCUACUACUAGUUCGAAGUCAACUACUUCUACUACUAGUUCGAAGUCAACUACUUCUACUACAAGUUCGAAGUCGACUACUUCUACUACAAGCUCGAAGUCAACUACUUCUACUACAAGUUCGAAGUCGACUACUUCUACUACAAGCUCGAAGUCAACUACUUCUACUACAAGCUCGAAGUCAACUACUUCUACUACUAGUUCGAAGUCAACUACUUCUACUACUAGUUCGAAGUCAACUACUUCUACUACAAGUUCGAAGUCGACUACUUCUACUACAAGCUCGAAGUCAACUACUUCUACUACAAGUUCGAAGUCGACUACUUCUACUACAAGCUCGAAGUCAACUACUUCUACUACUAGUUCGAAGUCGACUACUUCUACUACAAGCUCGAAGUCAACUACUUCUACUACUAGUUCGAAGUCAACUACUUCUACUACUAGUUCGAAGUCAACUACUUCUACUACCAGUUCGAAGUCAACUACUUCUACUACUAGUUCGAAGUCAACUACUUCUACUACCAGUUCCAAGUCUACGACUACUACAAGUUCGAAGUCAACUACUUCUACUACAAGCUCCAAGUCUACUUCUACUACAAGUUCUAAGUCCACGACUACAACAAGCUCUAAAUCCACCUCCACUACUAGUUCCAAGUCCACAGCAACCAAGCUCUAA